AUGUCGGCUGCUGAGACAACUGUGAUUUUUGCAAAACUUGAAGCUCUCAAGGAUAUCAGAUCGAAAACAGUACAGCUGGAGAAGAUGAAGCAAAGAAUUAUACAAGAAGUUGAGCAAACAGAGCAAGAAGAUAAAUGCUUAAUGGAGUAUAAACAAGAGAUGGAUUUACUUAUGCAAGAAAAAAUGGCUCAUGUUGAAGAGUUGCGUCAAAUACAUGCUGACAUUAAUGCGAUGGAAUCCGUAAUAAAACAAGCAGAAGAAGCUCGAAACCGCGCACGAGAACAUGCCAAAUUAAUUCAUAACAAUGAGUACCAGCCGCUUAAACAUGACAUUGAUCGUAUGCGACGAGAAUACUUAGGUUUAGAGAGACUGCCGGAAUUAUAUGAGACUGAAACAGAUUUAAUUGCUCCAGAUUAUUUUGACAGACCGAUGCAAAAAGCUGAAUGGCGAGUGGAGGUCCGUGGAGAAGACUUAAUGCAACCGUUAGGUUUACAUGGUCAUCCUGGACAUCCUGGUGGUUCGACGCCAUUUUUGGCACCUCAGCCACUCCAGGGGCCUAGUAAACCUGAGCCAAGACCGUUGCCUCCAGCCACUGGUCCACCCGCUCCAACAUUCAGGCAACAACCGCCACCUAUGAAGUCUUGCCUGUCUUGUCAUCAGCAGAUACAUCGGAACGCGCCAAUUUGUCCAUUAUGCAAAGCUAAAUCACGUUCGCGUAAUCCCAAGAAACCAAAGAAGAAGGAUUAA